UAGUGUCGGUAGUACUUCCUGUUGUUUCGCUCUCCAGUGCGCAUGUGCGUCACCUCACACGUGCUGUAAACGUAGUGACUCCUGCAUGUGAACUCAGCUCUGAAACUUUUCCUCAUCGCUGUAAAAUCUUGUCAACGAAUCGAAGAUCUCGUCUCCUCUUCAUCAGCGGGUGAAACAACAAGUCCUCCGUGAAGCUUUUCGCCGAGAGGGCCGGAACAGCAGAAAACCACCUCACCAUGACUGAACCUCAAGUGAACCCGAAGGCCUACCCGCUGGCCGACGCCACGCUGACCAAGACCAUCCUGGACCUGGUGCAGCAAGCCUCCAACUACAAGCAGCUGAGGAAGGGAGCCAACGAGGCCACUAAAACCCUGAACAGAGGCAUCUCCGAGUUCAUCGUGAUGGCUGCUGAUGCUGAACCACUGGAGAUCAUCCUCCACCUGCCACUGCUCUGCGAAGACAAGAACGUCCCGUACGUCUUCGUCCGCUCCAAGCAGGCCCUUGGCCGGGCCUGCGGGGUGUCACGCCCCGUCAUUGCUACCUCUGUCACCAUAAAGGAGGGAUCUCAGCUCAAGCCGCAGAUUCAGUCUGUUCAGAUGGCUAUAGAGAGACUGCUGGUGUGAGUUCUGUCGCACUGUCGUCCCAAUGUCUCCCGGAGCAAGA